UGGUGCUGAUGACUAUAAACCACCUUUCAUCUAAAAAAUGCUGGUAUUAAAAAGAAACACAAUUCUGUAAUAACAAGCCAUGCUGGUUCAUUCGGUCAGCAAGUGAGAAAAUAAUUUUAUUUAGGGGGAAAAAAGUAAAAUGCUUAGGGAAACAAAAAAAUUGGUUUGAGGCAGAAAAAUGAGCAGGAUUGCUAUUGACACCAAUUGCAACACCCUUGAGACAUAUUCCAGAGUUAGGGGGUCCAUCAUGGAGAAUUCUGCCUCUUUUAUUAUGUGUAAAAUAUUUCUUAGGCUGAAGGUAAUUGGAUAAAGUCUUAACCAAUGGAACAAAUAAUGAAAGACUUGCUGUUUCAUAUAUUUUGAUUUCUAGCCAUUAAAUUGGACUUAGAAAUUAAAUAGGAAACUAAUUUAAUUCCUUAAACCUUGGGGUAGAUCAGUUUUUCCUACUUUGGCAUCCUCUAGAUAUGUUUAGACUACAAUUCCCAGAAUUCCCUAGGUUGGAGAAAGCAUCUCAAGAGUUUUACAACUGAAAUUCUAGUAGCCAAAUUCUUCAGGAGCUGAAGUUAGGGCAACAGCCACACAACAAAUCAGUGGGUGUUAUGGACUUCUUUUGUUGAGCUAAUAUUUACAGACGUAUCUGCAAAUAUAAAAAAAAAUCAGGGUUUUUUUGUGGGGAAGGAAACUAUUUUAUUUCUGUACCAACAAACAUUUCAUGUCAGGCUUCACAGUUUAUUUGCACUGCCACAAGAUGCCCAUCCUGUCUCACUGCUGUGUAAAUAGCUCAACCCCAUCACAUCACUUUGGCUAUACUGGCUGAGGUAAUGUGAAUUACAGGUAGACAUAUUUGAAGGAAGUUAAUCACAUCUGUUCUAAGCCAAUGAUGUGAAAAGUUGGGUUAGUCUUUAUUUCCAGUCUUCCUAUGUUACUUGCACCCAGCCGGUAUAUUAUAGAUAGUUAAAAACACCAGACUAGAAUCCAGGAACUGGGAGUUCUAGUUCUACCUUAGAUGCAAAGGCAGUUAGUUGACCUUGGUCCAGUCUCCCUCCUCCCCUCUCUCUCCCUCUUCUCCCCCCUUCCCUCUAUCUCUCUUUCUCUCUAGCAGACCUAGGAAGAAGAAGGCAAAGGCAAACCACUUCUAAAAAUCUUGCUGAGGAAACUGCAAGGAUUUGUCCAAGCAGUUGCCAGGAAUCAACACUAAUUUGAAGGCACAAAUGAAUAAAUAUAAAUAAUCUGCAUUCUCUUGUCGGUAUAUAAAUUGUUUUAAAUGCAUUUAGAAUAUCUCCCUAAACCAUAUAAAAUAAUGUAACAAUGACAGCAUGUAGUUCCCACUUGCACUAUUAUGAAUGCUCAAGCAUGGAGGUGAAUUGAAAUAUAUGUUUGGCUUAUGACUAAAUUAUAACAAUGCAUUCUUUAUUUCCAGGGGAAGGGUAUUUCAAACAAUGGGUGCAAGAGAUGAGAGACCCUGUUCUCGAUUGAUACCCCAUUUAUAGAUCUGAUAUAAUACUGUGUAGAAAUAAUGGACAGCGAUUUUGCACUUUUGUAAAUGAAUCAAAUGGAACAGGCUAUUCUUACUAUGCUUUAUUCAUUCGAUAUCCCAAAAGAUAAAGGAAAAGUUUUAGUGUCACGUGUCACCGGGGAUUUAAUGUACUCUAAAAUUGCAGAUUUAGCUGCACAUGGUAGAAUUUCCAAUGAAUUUCUAUAUAUUUAAGAACUUGAUUUCAUAUCGAGUGAUGCAUGUGAUAUUUGGAAAAAAAGGGUUACUUAAAAUGUGGCUUGGUAUCUCCUUUCCUUGGGGCUAAUUUCCUGUUUCUUUUGUUAAAUGUCAAGGACAGGUUGCUUUUCCAAAUGGAAAAUACUGACUGGCAGUGAUGGGCACCAAGCCCAGCCUUUCUGGACGGUCCAGCUUGGGGAAGGUUGGGUUAAAAAAGUGUGAAAUUAAGGUAUACGUCUUUUACAAUGGGCAAGAAAGUGCUGGGCUGGUGGAGUACCAUGACCCGGUCAGUCACGAAGUGAAGGUGUUGCUCCCAGAAAAAGGUUUUUAUGUCACUAGGAAAGAUGACGAAGUGAGACUGGCUGAAGUUAUGAUGUCACCUCUCCCCAAACUGGAGAUGGAUCUUGGAACCCCUACAACAAUGGAUUAUAGCCCGGUUCCUGUGGUGAUGGAGCAUUGCACCUCUGCAGCAGACAUUGCUGUGACAUCUGCUUUGAGAUCGGUUUCUAGGAGUAUUGAUGUACCAAAAAGGAAACCAGAUGCUGCAGUAGAGAUGGAUGAGAUGAUGGCAGCAAUGGUGUUAACCAGCUUAUCCUGUAGUCCUGUGGUGCAGAGUCCCCCUAACAAUGAGGCCAGCAUCUCUACAUCCCAAGCAACCUGUGAUGCCUGGAAAGAAAGUGGUGACAUGUCAGAUGGCGGGAGCAGUACCACAAGUGGGCACUGGAGUGGCAUCUCCACCCCUUCUCCCCCACACUCAGAGGCCAGCCCCAAGUACUCGAACGAGGCCUUCAGUUCGCCUCGGGCUGAUGAUGGCUUUGAAACGGACUCGGAUCCCUUUCUCUUUGAAGAGCCUGCUCCAAGGAAAAGGAAGAAUUCAGUGAAAGUGAUGUACAAAUGCUUGUGGCCCAGCUGUGGCAAAGUCCUUCGCUCCAUUGUUGGAAUUAAGAGGCAUGUGAAGACCCAGCAUCUGGGAGAUGGUGCCAACUCUGACCAGAGAAAACGAGAAGAGGAUUUCUACUACACUGAGAUGCAAGUGAAGGAGGAGGCACUUCCGGAAUCAUUAGUAGUUGCCCCUAAUCCCACUGCAGGUUCCUCUCCUAUUGUGAUCCAACAGGCUGCCUCUCAGCCCGAGCCUCUCAUUCUGGAUCAGCCAACUCCCUUGGAGCCUCAUCUGCCCAGCAGUGCCCUCAGCCAGUCGGCCCCCAGUUCUUUCUGGCACAUCCAGGCUGACCAUGCAUACCAGGCUCUGCCAUCAAUUCAGAUUCCUGUAUCCCCGCACAUAUUCACCAGCAUUAGCUGGGCUGCUGCAACCUCAACCAUCCCCACUCUUUCACCGGUUCGAAGCCGGUCUUUGAGUUUCAGUGAACAGCCACCCCCGCCUCCAGUGCUGAAAUCCCAACUGAUUGUUGCAUCCCCCCCAAGAGCACCCAGUGGCACUAGAAAAGUCCGUGGCGAAGCCAAAAAGUGCCGCAAAGUUUAUGGCAUCGAGCACCGAGAUCAGUGGUGCACAGCCUGCCGGUGGAAAAAAGCAUGUCAGAGAUUUUUGGACUGAGAAGGAUGUACCUGCAUUCACACCCUUUUCUGGUGGGAAGUCUCAGAGGGCUAUCUCUCUCUCUCUCUCUCUCUCGCAGUUACCCAAGAGCAAAAUAGCCAGAUUUCUGUAUUUUGGCCACAUCCAGGGCUCUGUCGUCUUGGAAGCAAUUUCUGGUGCUUUGGCAGAAAUCUCGCAAGCCACGUGUUUAUCCCAAGCUGUGUAUAGUCUACAUCUGCCAGGUUUUCUAACGUUCAGUGUUUUGUGGGAAAGCUUUUUCUACACGAUUUCUUCUUCUUCUUUUUUUAAAUGACAAAUAACACAGCCUCCCUUUCUAUCUGUAAAUAAGGAGGACAAAGGAAAAAACAAAAGCUGAUUGCUUGAUCUAUCUUACAGACUUGUUUCUAGGUGGGUCCAGGGACCAAAGACCUUUGAUCUGUUCCCCGGUAGAGGGUGAGGUUGGCUGUGGAGUUGGAUCAAUGACUGCAAUAUGGAGGAGAGAAGCAACUGUUUCACCUCCCCUGAAGUCACAUAACCAUUUAGAGAGUGCAAAAUGGAGGGACAGGAAGGGAACUCUUAUGGAUGAGGACAGUUGCUCUACUAAUGGACACCCUGUUUCCCUGUUAAUCCUCGGAUGCCCGCACAGGAAUUAGCCAUUUGCAUCCUUAAUGAGCACUGCUUUUUAUUUUGUUUUCUUUAGUGGCUGUUGGGAAACAGUCAUUGCUUUAAAUUGCAAGACCCCAAAUUCCAAAUAACCAUGAAGUGGAAGGAACAUAAAAAUAAUCUGGAUUUUCUUAGCAAGUGUAAAUCCCAAAACAAAUGCAUUCUGCAAGAGCCUUAGAACUAUUGGCUGAUGUAACUGUUGGUUUGAGAUGCAUCUUGAGCAUCCCCAAUGCAACUUUUAUUACCCAGAUACCAUAGGAACAUCACAAUCUCCCCACUUCCACUCUACUAUGUGGCAGUAAAUUAAAGUUCUCCAUGCUCCAAGCAAGAAUCUGGGUCAGUCUUGGCUUUCCCAACAAUGGGAAUGUGCAUAUCACAUUUGUACAACUGUGAAUUCUUCUGUCUUCAUUAAUGGGCUCCCCAAAUCAGACCUAUCUUCCAGCGAAGAAAUAAAUGUUUAAUUAUUAAUUGAGUUUCCCAUGAAUGGUAACGUGUUUGGACAUUUUCAUUUCUUUUUCUAAUUAUCGUACGUGCCAACAGGUAAUGAGCAAAGUAGCAAAGCGCAUAAAAACCCAUGAUUAUGCUCUUCCUUCCUCUUCAAGGUCAGCCCACCUGGUGCCAGCAGUCUAAACCUUUGAACAACAAGUGAAGCAGCAUUCCAAGUUUUGCAUAUGAGAAAGCCUGAGAUGUUUUUAGGGCAUGCUGGUCCAUGUUCAGUUUCUUGGAAUGCCCAUUUAUUUUGCCCUGCCGCCCCAUUCAUUCUUUCCAUCCCAUCUUUCUGGCUACUGAGUGAUCCUAGAUCCACAGUCUCGAGUCCCAGUCUCUCAGGAUGUAGUUAGAAGAGAAAGAAAUCGGAAAUUGGGAGGGACACAAAGAUAUGCUGGAAAUAGCACUUGAAGACAAGCCAACAUUGUCUUAGAAUUGAUUGGGAUUUGAUGAGUACAAUUUUCAAAGAUACUUGAGUCAUGUAAGAAAAAAAUGAACAUUUUACAAUUUUUUUUGAAGGGGGUGGUUUGAAAUAAUAACCAAUAAUUCCAUCAUUGUAAACUUGUAUUUCCUUCAUGAUUGUUCUCAAAACCUGAAAAAGUGUAAUAAUCUAUCUCCCCAUCAGAUUUCUGUCUGACUAUUCUUGUUACAACUGAGUUUGGGUUAAACUACAGUGAGAGACGGUGGAAUUGGAAAUGGUUGCCUGCUUGUUACAUACUUGUUUUGCCUUCACACUUAGUGUUGGUUGUAUCAUCUACACAAGGAACUGUGUAAAUCCAAAGUAUGUUAGCCAAGCUGUACAAAUAUUCCUUUCAAUUUUCUGUGAUUAGCAUGUAUAUGUUAGGAUUCAUAUAGACAAAAUUCCUUGCAAAUAUUGUUCUUUCUCUCUCUAUUUCUCUCUCUCUCUGGUUAUCUGGUGGCAUGAAGGUGGGCCAGGCAGGAUCUCAGUAGGAUGGGGGAAUACAGUCCAAUAAACCAAGUGUUAGAUGGGUGUUGCAAUGGGUGGUAGUUAGCCAUAUGCCAUCAACAUAAUAGGCAGGGCUGAAACUUUGAGGUAAUUGGGUAUUUUAAGGAGUGUUAUGGGUGCCUUGGCAUCUGUUGGCCUAAGCCAUGCAUUUCUCUUCUUAAAUUUCCCAAAUCAAUUAAAAUGGAUUUUAGUCCUGCCACGCAGGAGGGUGGGGGCUCUCAGGGCUGCAGAUGACGUGUUGGAGGUGUGUGGAAGUUUACAUUCAAAGUUGGCAAACUCAAAAAUGCAUGAUCAUAGGUGGUGCAAUGCUGGCUUCAGUGGCAAGCCUAAUUAGAUAUCGAUGGCUAGUUUCACCACGGAAGUCAUUGUCAUGCUAUUAAAGAGCCAUCAGUUUGGCUGAUGGGGAAAUCUGUUCCUCCAUUUCGGAAGUCAUGUGGCUUGGUUUGUUUUCAUUUUGCAGAGGUAAAAUGGCAACACCAACAGUAAUGAUAAUGGAAAUGGAAAAUGAGGUAUAUUGGUAGGUAUUUACAUUGUUUGGAAGUUGGUUCUCUGCCUCUUUUCUCCCCUUCCCCGAAGCGUUUUGAUAAUCAUGAGCCAUAAACUAAAGAGAUAAACCUCUCUCUGUAAAAUAGUAACUGAACUAUAUGUCCUGCAGAAUUAUAAUUUCCUUAUAUAAAAAUGUGAGCCCUUUUAUCUUUCUUCGAGGGUACUUUUAAGGGAUGGGUGGAAGAGUUUAAAAAGGAAUUAUGUAUAUUUUUGGUGCUUGUUGAUUGCUUUUUUUUUUUGUAAUCUUGUGCAUAAUAUUCACAGUAUGUCAGAUUUUAUUUUUCUAGCCUGGACAUUGGAUAGAUGCUUAACUGAUCUUGUAAUUAGUUACAAAUUAAUUUGUAUAAAUUGCAAAUUAAUUUUUUGAAAAUUAAAAUCGGAAUCAGAUUUAUAUAGUGCAAAUUCUGAAUAGGGAAUUUGGGAAUAUUGAAGUUCAGAUAAGAGGUAUUACAAUUGAAGCGUCAUGUUUAUCAUAAAAUGUGGGAUUUUAAAAAUGCAUCGCUUGGGUCACGAUAGUCUGAUUUCUGUGAAAAUGUCUUGG